CACCCAUAAAAAGACAAACAAACAAGAAAAUGGUUUGUCUGUACAGCAGCAAAGAGUCCUCCAACAGACCACUGCUACACAAGCAGGAAACCAACCUAAUCAACAACACACAUUUGAGACGAUGCUGAGAGUUGUGGGACAUCUGUUGUAUGUUUAUGCUGACUAUCCCAAUCAGACAAACCAGACAUCCAGCUAUCCAAACCAGACAUCCAGCUAUCCAAACCAGACAUCCAGCUAUCCAAACCAGACAUCCAGCUAUCCAAACCAAACCUCCAACUACAGGUCAUCAUGGGAGAACUGUCUUCUGUUCAUUUACAGUGUUCUGAAUGUUAUUCUGAUGGUUAUGAUCCUGGUGCUAAUCUUGACCUUGCCAUGUCAGAACAGGAACUCUGCUUCAAAACUAACAUCAAGACGCCAAAUAGACCAGAGGUGCUGGUUGCCAGUUUGUGUGAUCCUGUUGAUUGGACCCCAAGUCUCUUCGCAGGUCAAAGUUGAAGGCUUCAAGGGAGAUAAUGUUAUCUUGCCUUGCACAUACAUUGAGAAGAAGGAGCAUAAAAAUGUCACCAUUUUUUGGCAAACUGCAAAUGAUGACCCUGUCUACAGUAUUAUUGAUGGAAAAGCAGAUUUGGCCAAGCAAUACUCUCAGUUCAUCCACAGAACCAGUAUGUUCUCUGAUGAGUGGAAAAAUGGCAACUUCUCUCUCCUACUGAUUGAUCUCAAUAGCACAGAUAGUGGGAGUUAUUCAUGUUUCAUACCAACAGAGAACAUUCUUCGUCAAGUGGAACUUUCUGUUCAAGAGAAACCAACUCCUGAGCCUAAACCAACAAAUAGCAGCAGCGUGAGCCUCAGAGGACAGAACCUCAGCCCCUUCCUGUUUCUCCUCCUCAGUCAAAUGGUCUACCUUCUUUGACUCACAGCAUAGAAAUUGGUCAUUGUGCCAUUUUAUGUGGCUUUGUUUUGCAGCUUCUCUGUGUUCAAUUGUCUGAAAUAUCUUUUCUCACUAUAUGUAUGAAAUAUGAAACUGAAAAUAUAGGCUACCACUUGCUAGAACUCUUUAUUGAUGUGAUGAGUAAAUGCAUAACACUUUUUUAAACAUGGGUAAUCUGUGAAAUCAAAAUAGGAAAUACAUUUGAAAUAGGGUUUGAAAUAGGGUUGAAAUAAGAUUGUGUAGUGUGUCACUCCUAUCAAUAAAGCUUCAAUUACAAGGCUAUUAAAGUUAUAUACAGCCAAUUGCCUGUCAUUUUGGUGAGAACUUGAGAUUGAACAUAUUUGUGUGUUUUUUGUUGUUUCAAUUAUCUUUUUCUUUUACUAAGACAUUUUCUUUAACUUAAAGUAAACGUUCACUUCCUCAAUACUCUUGAAUAAAGUCUGUUGCUAUUCCUUUUUGCAAACUAUGGUUUGAUCAUGUGGUUGCACACUCCGUUCAGUCUCAAGGUCUCAUCACUCACUGCUCACCGGUGGUGCCUGUCCAUUCUGUAAGACCAUUAUUAUGAAUUCGCUUAUUCAUUUUACAUUCAUUUUUACAAUGAAUGAAGUAAGUGUGUCUUCUGUUCUAAAAUGUAUUUAGAAGGACUGAGAAGCUCAGCUCUGGUGACUUUUCAAAAGGACAUUCUACUUCCAAAUGAAUGAAAAUAAAAUGAUACUGACACCA